CUGAGCAUUUGAGGCGUAAGAGUUUUGGCAUUUGGCACGAUUGCGUAACAUUUUCCCUCCCGUCUUCUCCCUAGCUGCUUGUCCUCCUUUUCUCCCCCUCCAAUUCUUCCCACUUUUUUUGGAGCGCCGAAAACACCCGACUCAUCAUCGGUCGGCCCAUCUCUGUUUUACACUGGAUAACAGGGGAUUAUGAUUUCAUAAUCGGCUCACUUGCACAUGUGAGGCUAGAUCGACGCCUCCUUACCUUAGUAGCACUCGGCAGAGAAAGGGAAGGUCAACCCCCCAGAAACGAUGCGGAACCUUCGAAACAUUGGACAUGGCGUCUUUAGAGCGCCCUCAGCCAUAUCCGCCUCAUGCUGGGAUGCCGCCAGGGACGAGAUACUAGUUACCUACGGCCCGACUGCCGACGCGGCCUCGAUCGAGCUAGUCAGGCUUUCGAGAGAUGCAUCGCCCCCUUCAAGCCUCCAGGCGAGAACCGUCGCCUCGUGGGACGCGCCAAGCCCAACCGAAAAUGGCCAUGUAGACAUCAUCAGGAGCUUGCACCACUGCAGCGACACGUUGACCACGUGCGUCAUCCUAGCUGGCGGCGACAUUGUGACUGUGGUCGAGGACGAAGACGGUGCCACCGCCGGCGAGCCUAGUGGAGCACAUGUCGAGAUCGUAGGCACCCUCCAACCGUCCAUCGUCGCUGCCCGGUGGUCGCCCGACGAGGAGCUGCUCGUCAUCGUGACCGGUGACGACAAGGUAGUGUUUAUGAGCCGGAGCUUCGAUGUCAUUACAGAGACGGCAGUAACUGCCGAUGACCUCAAGGCCUCCAAGCAUGUUUCGGUCGGAUGGGGCAAGAAGGAGACGCAGUUCCACGGCAGGGGAGCCAAGGCCAAGGCGCUCCGAGAUCCCACCAUCCCUGAAAAGGUUGACGAAGGCCUGUUCAGUCCCAACGACGACGGCCGUUGCACUGUUAGCUGGAGAGGGGACGGCGCAUUUGUCGCCAUAAACCUGCACCAGGAACAACCGCGGAGAGUCAUACGUGUCUAUAACCGCGAUGGUGAGUUGGACAGUGUCAGCGAGCCUGUUGAUGGUCUUGAAGGAAGCCUCAGCUGGCGCCCUGCCGGCAAUCUGAUGGCCGGCAUCCAGCGCCUUCCUGACCGUGUCGACGUUGUGUUUUUCGAGAGGAACGGCCUUCGGCAUGGCCAAUUCACCCUUAGAGCUCCUCAAGAUGCGCCCGGUGCCAUGGAGCAUCUUGCGCUCGAGUGGAACUCCGACUCGUCUGUCCUUGCUGUCACCAUGCGAGACAGGGUCCAGCUAUGGACCACGGGCAACUACCAUUGGUAUCUAAAGCAAGAGGUUCACUGUGGGCAGCACCAGCCCCAUGUUGAUGGGAGCUUGGAGCAGCAGACUCUGCAGUUUUCCUGGCAUGCUGAGAAGCCACUUCUCUUUGCCACCGCCGUUGCAGGCAAUGUGCUCCUGAAUGAGUUUGUUUUCUCCGUUUCCAGGGGGCCAACAGCAGCUCCCAAUGACUAUGGGGCAGUAGCCGUAAUCGAUGGGCCAACAAUUAAGUUCACACCUUUUCGAACGGCCAACAUUCCACCGCCAAUUGCAAUGUAUGAGCUCGAAGUCGAGUCCCCCGUGAUUGACGUUGCGUUUACCAAAGACGGAUUUGCCAUGGCUGUAUUGCACCGGCUAGGAGUCAAUAUUUAUGGUCUCGAGGCAAACGCUGCCCGUCUUUCUUGUCCAAAACUACAAGAAAAGGCCGUUUUCCCGAUAUUAGACUCUGAAUUCUACGAGGAAUCUUUCCUUCAGGUUGAGUUUGCGGGGCCGCAAGAGGUGCAGGUUCUACGGAUGGCAGAAGACGUCGAUUUAAUCUCGUACCACGUUGGCGCAUCUAGCCAAGAAAACAAGUGGUCGGAAACACCUGCAGGGCUUAUUUCUACAAUAACCUCGCCAGACAAUUCCUCUCCUGACGGCAUUGUUGCCCAGGAUCGUCAAGGGAGGCUAAGUCUCGUUUCUGGUGGGGAACAUGUCAAUCUUCCCAUCGGAUUUCCUACCCUUUUACCCUGGGCCAGCUUCGUUACGCAUGACGGGAAAUUGUUGGGCUUUGGACUGUCAAGGAACGGGCAUCUCUAUGCCAACUCGCGGCAGCUAGCCAAGAACUGCACGUCCUUUAUCGUCACAGGGAGCCAUCUCAUCUUCACUACGAGCAAUCACCUCGUCAAGUUUGUCCAUCUUGCUAGUCCUAAAGACCUCGAUGUUCCCCAGGAUGACCCCGAGAACGACGAGCGUUGCCGAAGCAUUGAACGGGGUGCCAGACUCGUGACAGCCAUGCCCGCCAACAUGAGCAUGGUUCUUCAAAUGCCGCGGGGAAAUCUGGAGACUAUUUUCCCACGUGCAAUGGUGGUGGCAGGCAUUAGGCAGCUAAUCGAGCAGAAGGAAUAUGGUGCCGCCUUUACGACGUGUCGCACACAACGCGUGGAUAUGAACAUUCUUUACGACCAUCGGCCGGCGCAAUUUCUCAUUAAUGUUGGCCUAUUCCUCGACCAGGUGAAGGAGACUGCCAAUAUCGACUUGUUCCUGUCUACACUGAAGGAGGAGGAUGUCUCCAAGACCAUGUAUAGAGACACAAAGCCUGCAGCUGGCCAAGCACUACCCGACUCGGAAAUUCAGGCUCCUGGAAAAGUCAAUACCGUCUGUGAUGCUGUUUUGCAGAGGCUUCGCACUCAGAAGAACGCCAACCUGCAGAACAUCAUUACAGCCCAUGUUUGCAAAAGCCCACCAGCACUUGAGGAUGGUCUUCUGGUCGUUGCCGACCUCAUGCGAGAAGACGAGGCGUUGGCAGAGCGUGCAGUCGAGCAUAUUUGCUUUUUGGUUGACGUCAACAAACUCUUUGAUCACGCCCUGGGUCUCUAUAACCUCGAUCUCACACUCCUAGUCGCUCAGCAAUCCCAGCGGGAUCCGCGUGAAUACCUCCCCUUCAUCCAGGGCCUCCACAAAAUGUCGAAACUGAAGCGCCAGUUUACGAUUGACGACAAGCUAGGCUACGGAGAGAAGGCGCUUGGCCAUCUCAAAGCGCUUGGAAACUUCGAGGACGUCCAGAACUACGUGGUGAAGCACAAGCUCUACCAAUAUGCCCUCGGGCUCUACCGUCUCGAGGAGCAGCACCAUAUAGCCCUUAUUGAUCUCUAUGCUGCAUACCUGAAAUCGACAUCCCUAUUUAGGGAAGCCGGCUUGGCAUACGAGUCUCUUGGAAACUUUGCAGACGCCACGGAGUGCUAUCUCAAGGGCGGUGCAGCGUGCUGGCGCGAGUGUCUCUACGUUGCGCAGCAGCAGGAGCCGCCAAUUUCAAGCGAGAAGUUGCAGGAGAUUGCUAGCGAUCUUGCGGAUGCCCUCCGCGAGUCCAAGGACUACGCGGCAGCAGCCGCCAUUCACGUCGAGUAUCUGGCCUCUAUCGAGACAGCGAUCCAGUUCCUCGGCAAAGGCUAUCUGUUCGCGGAUGCCUUGCGCCUCGUUGCGCUGCACAAACGCGCAGACUUGCUCGAGAGCGCUGUUGAUACGGGACUCGCCGAAGCCUUCUCGAGCAGCACCGAGUUUCUGGCUGACUGCAAGGCGCAGCUGAAGGCGCAGGUGCCGCGGAUUGCGGAGCUGCGCAAGAAGGCCCGCGAGGACCCGCUGUCGUUCUACGAGGGCGAGAAUCCCUAUAGCCGCGACGGCAUGGACAUCCCCGACGACGUGUCGGUCGCGGCGAGCUCCCGCAUGAGCACUGGCGUCAGUCUUUUCACUCGCUAUACGGGCAAAGGCGGUAGCGUGGGCACGGUGGGCAGCAAUGUGUCGCGGGCCACGAGCAAGAACCGCAAGCGCGAGGAGAAGAAGCGCGCCCGCGGCCGCAAGGGCACCGUGUACGAGGAGGAGUACCUCGUCAACAGUGUCCGGCGGCUGGUCGAGCGCGUCGAGGCCUCCAAGGCAGAGGUAGAGCGCCUCGUGUUUGGUCUCGCGCGUCGUAACAUGGCCGAGCGCGCCAGGACUGUCGAGGAUCUCGUGGCCCAGGUCGUCGACGCAUGCAGGCUCGCUGUCAAGGAGGUAUGGCAACAGCAGGAACAGCAGCAAGAUGGUCCCGGCGACGGCCAGCCGGCUGGUGAUGCCGUUGCCACAGGAGAUGGCGGCGCACAUGAGGCGGCGGCAGGUUAUCGGCCGACGGGCGGGCAGGCUGUCUUCCAUGAAAGCUUAGAGGCGGCCAAGACGCGCCAGCAGCCGCCUGUCGUGAGCGACUUGGCCAGGCUGGUGCUGCUUGGUGGAAGUAAAUAAAAUGGGGAAUGCAUAAGGGAAAGGCAUGGGCAGGAGCAUAGGCAUUAUGGGCCGGCUGCUUUUUAUUUUUUUGGUUUGUAUCUUGGCUGGGGGGCAGCGAAGAGGAGGAUGUGUGUGUGAUCAGGGCAGGUCGGUAUAUCGAUUGGGGUUGUUCGGUUUAGUAUACUAAGGUGAAUUUGAGUGGACAUGUCCUGUCUAGUACUAACACUGUUUUCGUCGCUCGAGGCAUGCACUCCGUGUAAUCCGUAUACUUUGGUAGGUCUGUAGACAUUACUUCUCCCGAGUGGAAGAGGCAGACCAAGUAAAAGGGGGGAAAAUCAACUCGCCAGGGUUAGGGUCAGACAUAAGGAACGCUGAGUUAAGCUGCCAGCUGGCAAGGGUCCCUGCUACUGGCUGCUUUGUUGGGGUAGCAUGGAUUAUA